ACACGUGAAAUCGUGAAUCGGAAGAAGAGGUUCCAGUUAUCAAGAUCCUUGCGAACCUCAAACCUUCCGUAAGACCCACAGUGGGGGUACCUGGCAACGAAUUGGCCACUCACCGUUCACGUAUAAAACAUUUUUCGACGUGAUUCCACUCCGCGUUGUUGGGAACAGCCGAAUUGCAUCUCCGUCCAUUUGCCGUUCUUUUUCUGAUUACGCAUCCCUCUCUCUUCAUAACGCCAUUGUCGUGGCCAGGUAUUUCGAUCUUUUGUCACGUCCGCAAGACUUGUCUUUCUCUCUUUAAAGCACAUAGCUGAAAAGGUUAGCAUCCCAAUCGUCCCCUGCGCUCUCCCCACAGCUCCCUUCCUUAUCAGCGAUCGGGAACCGCGCCAUAUCAACUCCCCGUACUCUCCAAACACUUAAACACCCGAUUCUGACCGUGUGACCGGCAACACCACAGAUGGCGACAGCGACUCGCACCUUCACUCGCGCCCUGCGCACUUCAGCCCGGCCCGCUUUCACUGCCGCUCCUCGGAUCGCUUUUCGCCAGAGCGGCCGCCGCUUCUACUCGUCGGAGCCCGCAGCCAAGCAGGGCUCGUCGGCGUGGCUUUGGCUCGCCGGUGCUGCCGCCGUCGGUGGCGGCGGUGCCUGGUUCUACCUCAACAACCAGGGCCCCGCCACGCCCAAGGUCUUCACACCCAAGUUCGAGGACUAUCAGGCCGUGUACAACGAAAUCGCGAGCCGUCUCGAGGAAAACGACGAAUAUGAUGAUGGGAGCUACGGCCCCGUGCUGCUUCGCCUGGCGUGGCACGCCAGCGGCACGUAUGACCAGGAGACGGGCACCGGAGGUAGCAACGGCGCCACCAUGCGCUUCGCUCCCGAGAGUGACCACGGCGCCAAUGCCGGCCUGAAAGCUGCGCGGGACUUCCUCGAGCCUGUGAAGGAGAAGUUUCCCUGGAUCACUUACUCUGACCUGUGGAUCCUCGCUGGCGUCUGCGCCAUCCAGGAGAUGAUGGGUCCUCAGAUUCCCUAUCGCCCCGGCCGCACGGACAAGGACGUCGCCGCCUGCACUCCCGACGGCCGCCUUCCCGACGCCGCCCAGGCGCAGGACCACUUGCGGAACAUUUUCUACCGCAUGGGUUUUAACGACCAGGAGAUUGUUGCGCUGGCCGGCGCCCACGCGCUCGGCCGCUGCCACACCGACCGCUCCGGCUACUCGGGCCCCUGGACCUUCUCCCCGACCGUCCUGACCAAUGACUACUACAAGCUGCUGCUCGACGAGAAGUGGCAGUGGAAGAAGUGGAACGGCCCCAAGCAGUACGAGGACAAGAAGACCAAGUCGCUGAUGAUGCUCCCGGCCGACAUGGCGCUCAUCCAGGACAAGAAGUUCAAGGAGUGGGUGCAGAAGUAUGCCGCCGACAACGACCUCUUCUUCAAGGACUUCUCGGCCGUCAUCGUCAAGCUGUUUGAGCUGGGCGUGCCUUUCAAGGAGGGUACCGAGAAGUGGGUGUUCAAGCCCGUCAACGCCUAA